ACAGUUGAAGAGGUUCCAGAGGGUAAUACAAUUGUCCUUGAUGGAAUGGCGCUCAUUCAGGCUGCAAAGAAGUUGCCUUCGUCGUUUGGAGAAUUUGCAGAGCAAUUGUUCUUGAGGGUCAUCAAGUUGGCAACGUAUCACAGAUCAACACGUGCCGAUUUUGUGGUAGACAGAUAUCCUGAUGCGAGUAUUAAGAAUCUAGAACGCAACAAACGGGCAAGUGGUGGAUUAGAGGUUAUGAAUAUAUAUGGUGCUGAUCAGAGACUACCAGCACAAUGGAUCAAGUUUCUCAAACAUGGUGGAAACAAAGAAGCACUUAUUCGCUUUUUAUUUGAGCAGUGGUGUACAUACAAAUCGACGAUGUUUAAUGGUAUUGUGGUUUACGUUUGCCAUGACGACAAGUGCCAUCACCUUAAACCAGGAAUUGAUAUUGGACCCAUUAUCGUUCAAGAAAUAGCGACAUUAUCUUGUGACCAUGAAGAGGCUGACACCAGAAUGCUACUUCAUCCAAAUCACGCGUCUCAGUCAUGUGACAGUGUCCUAAUAAAGAGCCCAGAUACAGAUGUCUUCGUUCUUAUGCUAUUCUUUUGCCACAUCAUCCAAUGCGAUUUGUUUCUAGAAACUGGCGUGAAUGAGAAGACACGUAUCAUCAAUAUUGGUUUUGUGCAGCAAAAGAUUGGCGAAGAAAAGAGCAAAGCGUUAAUUGGAUUCCAUGCAUAUACAGGAUGUGAUUCUACUAGCUCAUUUUAUGGUCGAAGUAAGAUAUCUUCCUUAAAACGGUUUUCAAUAACGAAAGAUGUCUGACCACAUUUGUGCAACUUGGUAAUGAAUUUGAAGUCGAUGAAGCUGUUCAAGAAAACCUGGAGUCACUGACAUGCAUGUUAUAUGGGAUCAAGGAUUCCACUUCUGUCAACAAGGUAAGAUAUGACAUGUUCAGGAUGGGUAAAUUCUCAGACGCAGCUUUGCCUCCAAACAAGGAUUGUCUCUUACAACAUAUUAAGCGUGCAAACUACCAGACCGCAAUAUGGAAAAGGGCAACAACCCAAGAGAUUGGUGCACCUUCACCAGUUUACCAUGGAUGGAAGAUUGAUGAAGAAGAUAAUAUUGAUGUGGUAUGGAUGACGGGCAAAUGUGCUCCAGAUGAACUUCUUAAAGAUUGCAACUGUAAAUGUAGAACUGGUUGUUCAAACUUAAGGUGCUCCUGUAUGAAAGCUAACUACAAGUGCUCUGAAAUGUGCCAAUGUGUUGAUUGCACAAAUUGUCCAAACGAAUCCAGGGAAGAGGACUCGGAUUAUAAUCUGGAUACUGAUCUGGAGGAAAACUAAAUCUAAGUAAUGUAAAAAAACUGAUUUAUUUAAGAGAAAUUGUCGCAACAACCUCAUACUUAUUUUGUGCAAUUCCUAUUUUAGCUAGCUCUUGAGCUUUAGAUCAUCUUUAGAUACCAAAUAGUAUUACAUUAAAACAUAAACAACAUUUGA